GGUGGGGACAAUGAGGGGCCAUGGUUUAUGCCAGACAUAUUAGUUAAUGUACAUAGGCCAGGUGAAGAAUCUGUUGGAGUUAUAAGAGAGGUUCUUCCGGAUGGGUCUUGCAAGGUAGCGCUUGGCUCAAGUGGAAAUGGUGAAACGAUAACUGCCCUUCCCAAUGAAAUGGAGGCCGUGGUGCCAAGGAAAUCAGACAAAAUAAAGAUAAUGGGUGGAGCAUUGAGGGGGUCUACAGGCAAGUUGAUUGGUGUAGAUGGUACUGAUGGUAUUAUAAAGGUAGAUGACACAUUGGAAAUCAAGAUUUUAGACCUAGUUAUUUUGGCUAAAUUAGCUCAACCAUGA